AUGCUUUAUAGUUCUUGACUCAAAUUCUUGGGAGUGAGAGGAACUGCAUCAGGGCAGGACUGUAUCCGCUUUUGCUUUCUGUGACACGUCUAGGUGCUAGCACAGAGCUCCCACAUAGUAGGUGUUCACUAAACACCUGUUGAAUGAAUAACCAGCCUUCACCAAUGUACUGCCAGGAUACAGGGAGUAGGGUAGAGUUGAGGCUUAACCCAAAGCCAGGCUCUAAACCACUUGUAAUAAUGCUGUUUUGUGUUCCAAAUGUGGCUAAUUCCAGUGGAUUUUGAAUGCAAAAUGACUGAAAAUAAGCCAACCCCAGGUUUUGGCUUUCUGUGUACAUAUUUUUUUCAUUUAAUUUUUUUUAUUGGCGCAUAGUUGAUUUACAAUGUUGUGUUCGUUUCCGCUGUAUGGCAAAGUGAGUCAGUUACACAUAGACAUAUAUCCACUCUUUUUUUCUUUUUUAGGGUUUACAAAUCUUUCUUUAAUGACUCUUUAAAAAUUAGCAAAACUGGUUCUACUCAAAUAGAAUGAUAUCCACUCUUAAAAUUUUUUUUAAUUUUUAUUUUCUUUUAAAGAUUUUUUUGAUGUGGACCAUUUUUAAAGUCUUUAUUGAACUUGUUACAAUAUUGCUUCUGUUUUAUGUUUUGGUUUUUUGGCCACAAGGCAUGUGGGAUCUUAGCUCCCUGACCAGGGACUGAACCCUCACCCCCUGCAUUGGAAGGCAGAAUCUUAACCAGUGGACUGCCAGGGAAGUCCCUAUCCACUCUUUUAGAUCUCUAUUCCCAUAUAGGUGAUUACAGAGUAUAGAAUAGCAUUCCCUGUGCUAUUCAGUAGGUUCUUAUUAGUUAUCUAUUUUAUAUACAGUAGUGUGUAUAUGUCAAUCCCAGUCUCCCAGUUUAUCCCUCCCCCCCAUUCCCCCCUGGGUUGUUUUCUACAUCUGUGACUCAACUUCUGUUUUGUAAGUAGGUUCAUUUGUACCAUUUCUUUAGAUUCUACAUAUAAGCAAUAUCAUAUGAUAUUUGUCUUUCUCUGUCUGACUUCACUCAGUAAGACAAUCUCUAGGUCCAUCCAUGUCACUGCAAAUGGCAUUAUUUUGUUAUUUUUUAUGGCUGAGUAAUAUUCCAUUGUAUACAGUACCACAUCUUCUUUAUCUAUUCCUCCACCGAUGGACAUUUAGGUUGCUUGCAUGUCCUGACUAUUGUAAAUAGUGCUGCAAUGAACACUGGGAUGCAUGUAUCCUUUCAAAUUAUUGUUUUCUCCAGAUAUAUGCCCAGGAGUGGGAUUGCUGGAUCAUAUGGUAGCUUUAUUUUCAAUUUUUUAAGGAACAUCCGUACUGUUCUCCAUAGUGGCUGUAUCAGUUUUUUCUCACCAACAGUAUAGGAGUUUCGGUGUAUAUUUUGACUAACUGUAUAUUGUAUAGUAGGGAACUUCGAGCUGGAAGGAAUUUUGGAUACCCCUCGUUGUAUAAAUGAGACUAGAAACUGCCAGAGAAAUGACUUAUCCGAGCUCAGGCAGAAAUUUGGAAGCAGAGCUGGACCCAGCUCAACUCAUAGGGAAUGCUUCUCCCAUCACAGCAGGGUGUCAGCAGGGUUAACCUAUCUCCCCCUUGUGCUGAACAGCACCCUGCUGCAUGGUGAAACAUCAGAUCUGUCAGCUGGGCAGGAAAUGCAAGGCUAAGGGUCUUGGACAAAUAUAAAAUAGUGUUUAUCUGUUAAGGAAAUAAAUGCAGUUUGCAUAUCCUGUGGAGUAUAAACUUUGCUCUCAACUGGUUGGGAAUUUCCUUUGGAAAUGAAGUGAAUAAAAUAAGAGUCAACAAGUAAUUAUACAAAUGAUCACUACCAUUAGAUGGCCAGUAAAGUCAGCUUUGUUACAGGGCAAUUUCAAAGAGCCUGUAUUUGUAAGAAAAAAAAAUCAACGUGAUUAUAAUCAUGCCUUUUAGUUCUACGUCUGCCUGAGAGACUGGAAUGCUGCUGUGUUUCCCAGUUUGGAGCCAGCAUGUCCUAAGCUUUGUUAACUUUGCAGUAUAAAUAGUGAGUCUGUGUCUCCAUAUACAAGAGGUUCCCUCAAUUUGCUAACGUUACAAGUUGGCCUCAUUUUAAGACUGAAUCAACUCGUUAUUUACUGAUCUGAGUUAUGCAAUUGUCUGUGUACGUGAUCAAGUUUCUUUGAAUUCUAUAAAAAUGGAAAUUUCAAAAUUUAACAUCUCCCCACUUGCACACGUUUUUCCUGAUUGCGUGUUUAUAUGUGUACACUUCUGUAUAGACAUGCAGAAGAAUUUAUUAAGAGUAUCAGAAAGAAGAGAAUUAAGAGAUAUUGAGCAAAAACUGUUCAAGAAACUUUCAAAAUACUGCCCUAUUUAAUCCUCAUAACAAUUCUAUAAAGUAAAUACAAUUAUCCCAUUUUAUAGAUGAACAAACUAAGACUCAGGGAAGUUAGGUAAAAGGUGAAGCCCAAUUUUGAACCCAGGCAUUAAAUAGGGGCUCAGUAAAUGGUAACCAUUGUAAUCAGCAUUGAGAAGUCUCUUGGAGUUGUCACCCUCUUCAUCAGGAAUUUAUGCAAGGGAAAAUGAAUCUGAAUCUCUUUGGGUGACUGUGUAGAGUUUGGAAAAGCAUAUUCAACACAAGUAUUAAUUUUCUAAAUCAGAUCACAGGUUUCACUCUGGCAAGCAAAAAUUUGCAGAAGAUAACAGUGGGCAAGGAUUAUAGGGAGUGUGGGUUGAGCCGGGCUGAGGGAUGUUGGAUUGGACCCUCACAAUUAAGCCUGUAGAUCUGCGAGCAUGAACAAUAAAUAUGGGCUUAGCCUCUAAAGUCUAUGACUCUGAGAAAGUUUUAUGACAAGGGGACUACCUAUUGCUGUGGCAUUAUAGACGGGGAAGACAAAGGAGAAGGAGACCCUAAUCCACUGAUGUCCGUAAAUGAUCCUUUAUGCUAUUUGUGGUUUGCAGAAACUGAUUGUCAGAGGCUAACGUCUGGGCAGCAGAGAGGGUCAGGGCUGCCACCUUGAAGUCUCUGAGCCAGCCAACCAGCAAAGGAGUCCACCCUGCUGACUUCAAGCCCUGCCAAGGACUGGUUGGCCCUGGCCUAGACAGUCCCACUGUUUGUGAUGGCAACAGCAGCAGUUGAGUGGAAUCCACUUCUCAGAACCAAGGGCAAUAGCCAUCUCUCUCCUUCUAGAGUUGUCCAGAUAAAAACAGCACACUCAUCCCCCUGCACCCAACACCCGGAUGUGGUUAGCAAGAGAACAGCCCCAGCCUGAGAAGUGCUGUAGGAAAUUCAACCUCAAAGUGUGAAAGGAUGUGAAAAUGAAAGGGGGAGAGAGACAUCAUAUUAAUCAUCAUUAAUCAUUCUUGGAAUAACCAUAGCACCACCUUGCCCAUGUGUCAGUUACUUGUGUUGGCCUAGGUCUGUAGAAGAAACUGCUAAAUAUGAAACAUGUGGGGAUGGGAUGCAGAGUGGCUGGGGCUUUCUGUUGUUCAGAAGUCAAUAUGGGUUGGCCAAAAAUUUCGUUCAGGGUUUGCUGUGGAAAACCCCGAACGAACUUUUUGGCCAAUCCAAUAGAAGCAUAAAAAUAUCUAGAAGGAGAAAUAGAGGUGAUCUUUAGAGGGUAGAAUUAUGGGUGCCUCUUUUUAAUUUUUCUAUAUUUUAUCAAAUUUCUACAGCUAAUGUUGUAAAAACAUCUAUGCUAUCCAUAUGAUUUUCAUACAGAUCUAAAGAGCAUGCCAUUUUUGUAUAGUCUUAAGCGAAAACAACCAUAUACAAAAUUGCCCACACCCAGUCUAAUCUCAACCCUGUAAAAAAAGAGAUCAGGGCUUCCCUGGUGGCGCAGUGGUUGAAAGUCCGCCUGCAGGGGACACGGGUUCGUGCCCCGGUCUGGGAAGAUCCCACAUGCCGCGGAGCGGCUGGGCCCGUGAGCCAUGGCCGCUGAGCCUGCGCGUCCGGAGCCUGUGCUCCACAGCGGGAGAGGCCACAACAGUGAGAGGCCCGCAUACUGCAAAAAAAAAAAAAAAAAAAAGAGAGAUCAUCCAAAGGUUAACUAGGAGGUGGAAUGAGGGUGAAUCAGAGGGUUUUAUUUGUUUUACUUUUAGAAAAGUAUUCUAUAAUUUUCUAUAUUUUCCAGGCUGCCUGUGUAUCCUCAGCGUCUUUAGGCUUCAUUCAAUCUGGGUUAACACUGGAGUCUCACUAGCUUGUCAGACUCCCUCCCACGUCUAGUUAGGACCUUAGUUUUCAAGGUUCUCCCUCCCCACCUCCUGAAAGUGUUUCUGGAAAAUCUCCAGAGGGUCUCCAGAGGCCAGCAGUUGGUCCUGACCUGGGCUGGCCCCUGCUCUCUUCCACUCUCUCAAACUCCACUUGACUUCACAGGGGCUGGCAGCUACCCUGACCGCCUGAUCCCAGCACCUCUCAACUCUGCCCUGUCCUGUCCCCAGCCUCAGCCUCCAGGGCCUCAGCCCUUUCAUGCUGAGACAGCUUCCAACUGCUGUGAAGUAAGAUGACAAGUUGCUCCCUCCCUUCUGUGUCAUGCACAUUGUUUGGUCCCAACAGGUUACGAAAAUCAGUUAAGCCUGUUUAUUCAGUUUCAUCAGUCAACGCCCGGCCAAGGCACACCCAGUCCUGCUGGGCUGGGAAAUGGCAAAUACAACUGUUCUUCCUGGAACUACCCUCAGGCCUCGUUGGUGAAUCCAGCUCUUCUUCCCUGAUCCUCCCCUCAGUUUGCUAGACAGGCUCUUCUAUUUCUAAAUUGAGUUCCUUCCUUGGAAAGGCUUUUUAAGCUCACAUAAAUUGCAGAUGAAAAUUAAUGUCUACAGUAGAAGAACAUGGAGGUGGGUAGGAUCAAAGGAAUGGUGUCUAAUUUCAUCGCCAGUCAUAACUCAGGUGGUCCCAGCUGUCACCCCCACUACAUCUAAUAGGCGAAUGUUUUACUCUUGGAAUUUUAAAAAGGAAGAAAGAAAAGAAACAUUUACCUAAAAGUAAAUGAAUGUUCUAUGCCAGAGUGUGGGGAAGGAAUUAAUUAUCUCAGGUUUGUCACUUUUAUGCUUGAGAGACCUGAUCAAACGUCCAGGGAGUACAUGGCUGACAGUACAGACCUGCAUGAUUCUGGCUGAAAGCUCUCGUAAAUAUUUAAGUUAUUUUGAUUUGGAAUGAGAUCAUCUUUCUAUAGGAGGGAGCAGAUCAUCGUUAAGUUUGAUCUUUCCUUCAAGCUUUGAAGUCCCCUAAGUUCAAAUAACAGAUGAAAAUGGCUAUUUUCCCAUUUAUUUCCCCAGAGAAAGGCAAUUCAAUGGACUUGUAGAGAGAAAUAACAUCUCCUGAAUCCCAGUUUUUAAAAAUGAAAACAGGAAAAAAAAAAAAAAUCUGACCUUGCAUGAACAUCCUGUUUUUCUUCGUAAGAUUAAUCAGUUGUCAUUCUAGAGUGCUCUGGGUGGUUUGGGGUGUGUGUGUGUGGGUGUGGGUGUGUGUGUAACAUCAAGCACAGACUUUGUUGGCAAGGAUCUAGCCAUUGUAAAUGUUUACCCUCAAUCAGAAGAAGGGAGCAAACCUUCAAAUGGUGUUUCGAGUCUCUGCAGGUAAAUCCCUAGCUGGUGUGGACAUUCAAACGUCUAGUGGUAAUGUAGUCUGGCUUCUGCCGUCCAGAGGAGUAGAAAUCACAACAAUAACUAGAAUCUACUGAGACAAUCAAAGCUCAGAUGAAGAAACAGAACAUUACCUGCACCCUAAAGGCUUUGGCUAAUUUUUUAUUUAGAAUCCUGGAAUGUAAACCAACUCCACUGCCUACUUUGUACCUGGUGGGUUUCUAGCUGUAGGAUGGGAGUCACGCUAUGUCAGAGCUGGAAGAAACCUCAAAGAUCACCACAGUGAGCCAACUCAAAAUGCGGAUGAAGAAGAGAUGUCGAAGAGUAGAAGCAAUUUGUUGAGGGACAUACGACUGCUCAAGGGCAGGGGCAGCAAAGGGCAUUGUGACCCUGGAUGCCUGGCCCACACCUGUUUCCCUUCCACCACAUCGAACUGCUUACCUUUAUUCAAAGGACAAAGGACGGCAUGCUUACUUUUACUUCAGGCAAUGAGCUUUUCCAAGAUGCAGGACAAGUACUCCAAAAGUGGCAUAGCUUGCUUCUUAAAGGACGAUGACAGUUCUUGGGAUGCCAGUGAUGACGAGAGUAUGAUCAACCCCUGCUGGCAUGUGAAGUGGCAACUCCGUCAAUUUGUUAGAAAGAUCAUUUUGAGAACCUAUGAGGAAACCAUUCCUUCAAUUCCAGAAAAGCAACAAAAUAUUCCUCACCUAGAAAGAGAAAAAGGUCCUCAGAGGGUAGCUGCUCACAUAACUGGGACCAAUCGGAAAAGCACAUUCUCAGUUCUAAGCUCCAAGAAUCAAAAAGCUUUGGGCCAGAAAAUAAAUUCCUGGGAGUCGUCAAGAAAAGGACAUUCAUUCUUGAAUAAUUUGCACUUGAGGAAUGGAGAGCUGGUUAUCCACCAAACAGGGUUUUAUUACAUCUAUUCCCAAACAUACUUUCGAUUUCAGGAAACUGAGGAGGUUUUGGGAACAGUUUCAACAGAAGAGAACAGAAAGAAAAACAAACAAAUGGUACAAUAUAUUUACAAAUGCACGAGCUAUCCUGACCCCAUACUGCUGAUGAAAAGUGCUAGAAAUAGUUGUUGGUCUAAAGAUUCAGAAUAUGGACUCUAUUCCAUCUAUCAAGGUGGAAUAUUUGAGCUUAAGGAAAAUGAUCGAAUUUUUGUCUCUGUCACUAAUGAGCAAUUGAUUGACAUGGACCAAGAAGCCAGUUUUUUCGGGGCCUUUUUAAUUGGCUAAAUGAUCUGCAAAGAAAAAACAGUGCCCCCAGAGAGACCUUUCACUUUUCAGAGUGAUACACUGUGAAAAGACUGCAAAAGAGCUGACAAAAUAAGGCAGCCUGAGCAGAGCAGCCUCAAUCACGAGACUCUACAACACAAGCUUUUUUGGUAUCUCUGAAAAGUGACCAACGUACUCCAAGACAGAGAAACUGACAAAAGACCUUCUGAGACUCUACCUGAUAUCAGCUUGCUAGCAGAAAUCUAGAAGGUUCUCAGUUUACAAACAUUUGCGUAGCAAUUAACGUCUUCCGCCUUAACCGUCUACUCUUGCGAAGAUACCAGAAGACUGAAAGUUCACGGUCAGGGUAUGCAGUGUGCCAGGGGAGUUGGUGCAGUGUGGGGCCUUGUGGGAGUUGUCCUGUACCCUCGUACUCUUGGAAGUAAGAAAAUUCCAUUCGAAAUCGUAUCAUUUCACUAAACAAAUUAAAGUUAUGUUCAGUGAACAAGGAACUAUUUUCAGUUGGCCAAAAAGUUCGUUCGGGUUUUCUGUACUCACAUGUAAAAAUCCGAACGAACUUUUUGGCCAACCCGAUAUUUCUGAAUGGCUUGUGCUUUUCAUUCCCAGAAGUCAGGCUGACCGAAAGCACUGAAGGUAUUUUUGAUAAAAGACUCUAAAAUGAAUGAUAAGCUAAUCAGAAAUCGGGAAUUUGGCCCCUUGUGAGCAGGAGAACUGGGAAAGUGGGAAAAAAAAAAAAGAACUGUUUGAUAGUGUAACUUAAGGAUGGGCAAGAAUUAAUUAUGACUCUAUAUUUUUAUACUAAAAUUUAAAAAUACAUGUUUCUUUUUCAAUAAAAAUGACGUUAAAAUAUGUA